CGCCAACUCAGACUUUUUUGACAACUUGGCAUGCCAACUUGGAACCCCAUGAGCGGGAAAGUUUACCUGCUACCCUUUUUUUUUGUGGGCCCCACCGCUGAUAAAGGAACACAGCACCAGCGCCUGGGUUCCUCGAACCCAGGCGCGGGUUCCUCAAACCCAGGUGCUGGGUUCCUUCGAAGGAACCCAGGGCCUGGGUUCAGGGAACCAGGCGAAUCCAGCACGCCUGGGUUCAGGGAACCAGGCGAACCCAGCACGCCUAGGUUCGAGGAACCCAAGCCUGGGUUCGAUGGAACCCAGCACCUGGGUUCGAGGAACCCAAGCCUGGGUUCGAGGAAGAUAGGAAAGAUGUGAGGAAGAUACUGAAACGCAAGGACAGUGAUGCGGGCCAAAGAGGAAGAGCUUUGGAAGAUUUGCGAGCUUCUAUAUUUAACAAAUUCCGUCCAUCUGAAAGCGCAAAAACUCAAAAGCAAAGAAUUUGGGAUCCUGUUUCAACUCUCACAUUCAAUUUUAUGGUUACUGUUGGUAUUAUUUUCAUGAACAAAUGGGUUCUUAAAAAUGUUGGGUUCCAGUUCCCAGUAUUUCUUACUUUUAUUCACUAUUUAGUAAGCUGGGCAUUGAUGGCUGUCUUGAAAUCCUUCGAAGGAACCCAGGCACUGGUACUUAAUUGAAUUAAUUUGAUGAUCUAGGAGCAUUGUAAUGCCCCAUGUGUGGAUUUAUUUGAUCCCACUACUUGUCUAGUGUAAAGACGGUCACACCAAUGGUCUAUCUGUUCUCAUGCCUCCUUUGGUUUUUUAAAGGUUAAUGUAGAUAAUUCUUUUCAACUUGCUAGUGGAGUAUCUACUUUAGCCAUGGUGGGGUGGAAUUUAUGCUUUGUGGGUUGGGCAAACUUGGCCUAUUUGGGCUUUGUCUCCAUGAUGGUUGAUCUUUUGCUUUAUUAAAGACUAUUCGCAUUA